UCCGCUCCUGGAGGCCCAUUGCCCUGCUUCUCUGUAAUCUCCAAAGGGCUGGAACGCAUCAUUGCAAGGCGACUGGCGUACACGGCACUCAUUCACGGCAUAGUCAGCCCACAGCAUGGGGGGGCGCUGCCCAGACGAUCUGCAAUGGACCUGGUAGCUGCUUUCACUCAUGAGGUGGAGGCAGCCUUCGCACAAAACAAAGAAGUGUCCAUGGUCACAAUGGAUGUGCAGGGUGCCUUUGAUGCUGUGCUGCGCAGGCGGCUGCUUCAGCGGAUGGCGCAGCAGGGGUGGCCACGCGAGCUGCUGCAGCUCAUUGACAGUUUCCUCACUGAACGCAGAGCUCAGGUCCGGCUGGAGGGGACCACCACAGCAGCACAUCAGAUGCAAUGUGGCACGCCACAGGGGUCUCCUUUGUCACCAAUACUGUUCCUUCUGUACCUGGCAGAGCUGCUGUGGCAAAACUCGGAGUUGCGCUUUGGCUAUGCGGAUGAUCUGAACAUCUGGCGGGCGACCCACUCACUUGACAACAAUGCCACCCUUCUCAGACAGGAUAUACAGAGUAUUCUGAGGUGGGGGGAGAUAAACAAGGUGGCCUUCGCACCAGAGAAACUUGAGAUGAUCCAUCUUACAAGAAAGCGACACAAUGAGGCACCAGCAGUAGUUGUGUCUGAGGACCUCACUGUUCACCCUGUUACUGCCCCAGCUGGACAGGAGCCAGCACUUCGCUGGCUGGGUGUACACUUUCGACAGAAAGGCUCACCUGGAGACCACAUUGUCCUCCACUCCGGGCAAAGAAAGGCAAGGGCCCGUGGGCCCCAGCACAUCCGGGAGUCUGGGAAAAGAACUAGUAGACGGGCUCUCCAGCAAACGGCUCUGCGGGAAGGGCGGGUCACCACCUUGGCGUGGGUUUCCCUUCACUGGCUCCUUUGGCACCAGUAA